GCAGGGAGAAAGGAGGAAGGGGUGGUCUCGGAAACGGGAAUCCUGUGCCGGGAAAGCGCCCACCCGACAAGUGCAUCCCUCCCUCUCCCCUCUUUCUGGGGCCGAGCACGGAUGCAUUUUCUAUCAGGACAAUGCUAAGAGGAGGAGGAAAAAGAGAAGGGAGGAGACGGAACCGAACAUGGGAGCUGCUUCAGCCAAGAAUACACAUACUGCAUAGCAUGUCAGUCCCCCCCGGGAGGUUCCUGGAGCUGCCGGACGGAGCGUGCUGAAAUUCUAAGGUCAGCCCUCUGCGGCGCACGCGUUCUGCAACAUUUCAACACACAUGUUGGAUGGGAGUGAGGGACCCGAUAGCAAGUUAAUUAUUAGAACAGCUGGAAGUCAUCAGAAAAACCACUGCUGAUUGGUUCACUAUGUGGAGCUGCGACACUUUCAAUGAUACCCAGAACAGUGAGGACCAACUCCUCUGCCAUGAUUUCCACCUCAUCCUCUCCGUCUUCUCUCUCCUCUACCUCAUCAUCUGCUUCCCGAUUGGCCUUUGCUACAAUGCCCUGCUGGUCCUGGUCAAUCUGUACAACAAGGCUACGAUGACUAUGCCUGAUGUUUACUUUGUGAACAUUGCCAUUGCUGGCCUCAUAAUUAAUGCUGUUGCACCAAUAUACCUUCUAGGACCGACUACCACCAAGUGGGCCAUCUGGAGCUUUAACAGUGAAGUUUAUAUCACGCUGCUGAUUUUGUUUAAUGUUUCCUCUCUGGUCAUCAUGUAUUCAACCACCUUGCUCAGUCUGGAUUAUUACAUUGAGCGAGCUCUACCCCGGACUUACAUGUCUAGUGUGUAUAACACUAAGCAUGUCUGUGGGUUCAUUUGGGGAGGGGCAAUGCUUACAAGCUUUUCCUCUCUGCUGUUCUACAUCUGUAGCCAUGUGUCCACGAAGCUCAUCGAGUGCUCCAAGAUGCAAAACAAGGAGGCAGCUGACGCUAUCAUGGUGUUUAUUGGGUAUGUUGUUCCAGCCAUUGCUGUACUUUAUGCACUUGUGUUGAUUUUACGAAUACGGAAGGAGGACACACCCCUGGAUCAUGAUACUGGAAGACUGGACCCUUCUGUACACAGGCUUCUGAUUGCCACAGUGUGCACCCAGUUUGUGCUGUGGACCCCUUACUACCUAACUCUCCUGGUGAACACAUUCCUUGUCUCACAAGGAAAACUCAUGGAUGAGCACUACAUGAGGAUACUGCAUUUCAUCAAAGAUUUGUCAAAGUUCUUAGCUUUCUCGAGCAGUUUUGUGAUGCCGCUUCUCUACCGUUACAUCAACAAAAAUUUUCCUGGCAAGCUACGCCGACUGGUUAAAAAAUUGCACUGUGGGCAUCAGAGGUGCUCUCAUGACCGAGCAACAGUACAGCAGGUGAUGACGUAGGCUACGAGGAGCUUGUGGAGUUGCGAGCAUUGCAGAAUUUCCACAUCCAGGUCGUAGCGCAAUCCUGUGGCUUCUUACUUUGUUGGAAGCUCUUCACAUGGAUACUGGAAGGGGGCUGCUAUUCUUACUGACCAAGAGACGCUUGUUCUAACAAAGCUGGCACAGCAAUACUAACAGAAACCUCAGGCAGGUUAGACAAGCUGGCAUUUGAGAGCACUUUCAAAGCAUUGAGUCAGUAAGCUUGAGUUCUGCAUUUCUUCCCAGUUUUAAUAAUCCUGGGUAGAGAAAUGACUAAAAGGUAAAGUGGAGUCUUGAUUGGAUAUAAAGCACUUUGUUAUCUGUCCAAGGAAAGGGCAAUGCUAUGUUU